AUCAUUGUCUAAGAAGAAAGGCAAAGUUGAUUUAUCACCAAUCAAGUUUUCAUUUUCAAGAUCUAAUCCCGAUGAACAGAAAGACACAUUUGAUAGAUCGAAUUUCACUGAGCAAGAAAUGAAGUCAAUUAGUCUACAAGUAUUGUCAGACUAUUCCCAUUUAAAUGAAGUGGUUAGUAAUUUGAGUGAUGAGCAAAAAAGAGACAUUAGGGAUAUUGGGUUUGGGAGUCUCUUAGAUAUUAGGAUAAAGAAGUUUUGUCCUAAUCUGAAUUUGGAGGUGUUGUUGAAUUACAAUGCAUCUGGAAUGAUGUUUUCAACAAAGAAUGGUAAACUGAUUUUUAAUAAGUUUACCAUUAGUGAUGUUUUGGGUUUACCUGUGUCAGAUAGACCAGUAGAGGUUAUAGAUGAUGACACCUUUAGGAGGAAAGGUAUUCAGAUAGAGGCUGGAAGUGCCAGGAAGGAUUGGCAUAGGUUUCUUGGUAUUUCUGACCCCAAGAAGCCAUACAUUGGUAGAAAAAAUUGGGAUGAUUUGUUUAAGAAAUAUCAAUCCGGGGAUGAUUUGAAGAAGUUAUUUGUUAUCUUUUCCUUGUCCAAGCUUCUAUGUCCUAUAGCUGAUUUAGGGCCUGUGCUGAAAUGUGCCAAGAGUUUAGAAAAUGCAUCUACAAUUUCAAGCUAUGACUGGUGUGGAUAUAUUAAGAAGUCUUUGUGAUGCUAUUUUGGACUG